UUUAAUAUCACUUAAGGGAGCAGUGGUAAUUCUGUGCCAUCUGAGGGAAAAAUGUUCACUGUUCACUGCAUUUACAGAAGAUACAGCUGCCUAUACAAAUUCCUAUAGCUUGAUGACUGAAACCCUUUAAGAGACAUUUAACACCACCACUGUGUCAUGGCUUUCUCAAACAUCUCAGUGCAAACAUGUCACACUUAGAGUUAAUAUCAGACAAAGAUGUACUAAGAACAGAGAAGCUUUCACAGAUUCAAACAUGUGGAACUAAUCAUACCCUGAGCAUCUAAAAUCCUCUUCCUGCUAUUUCUUGUUCUGGCUUUCUUAGUUUACAUUUACAAGACUCUGAACUUGGGACAGUUAAAUGAAGAUAAAAGAGGUAAAGUACAAUUGUUAAUAUUGUAAACUGUUUUUCAGGUGAAUUCUGUUUUUUAAUAGUUGAAUUAAGUUUUGAAAAGGAAGCAGGGAACUGAUUUGUGCCACAUUUUUUAAGUGUGUCACUCCUACCACAAAGAAGUUGUUGUGUUACACUUAGUACAAUAAGAUGAUAAGAAGUUUUGAUGGUGUGUAAUAUUGUAAUCCAAUUUUUUGUGUUACAACAAAUAAUGCAAAAGGAAGUCACCUUUGACCCAAGUCUUUUUUUUGCAAACAGUGCAUUUCUAAUAAAAUGGUCUCUAGUCACACCCCUGGUUUUGAAAUGUGAGCUGGUGGUUUUGUCGCCUUGUGUGGGUGAAGGGGAUCUCCUUUGUGGGAUUGCAACGGUGGUUUAUAGGAUGUUGUAAGACUUGAAAUAUCCAUUUAAAAGCAUCAGAAAAACAGUAUUUUGUCCAUGUAUUCUUGUGACCAAGUUAAGCCUGUAAAACUCACCCACAAACACAAAACAAGAUUGUGGUUAGUGGACAGUGAGAGAUCGUCAUUUGUUCCGUGACAUAUCCAGUCUGAUCAGUUUUCGUCAGUACUCUGCUCAGGAAACAGAAGUGAGAAGUUGCAUCCAGCUGAAGCGGGACUCAGGAGGAAGGCACUUUCUACUGAUUGUUUCCACUUCAAGACAUAACAAAGACCCAGUGUUCCAUAUUUCAGAGAGAUAACCAGCAUGGAGGUGGAUUAUGUUGAAUUUGGCGACUACACUCCAGACAAUGAAACUGAGAACAACUCCACCCCCACUAAUACACUGGAUUUCAGCUCUUCUCACUCUACUUUAACUUACGUUCUGGUGGCGAUCAACAUCAUUAUAUGUGUUAUUGGCCUUGGAGGAAAUGCAUUAGUGAUCUGGAUAUGCGGAUGGAAAAUGAAAAGAACGGUCAUCACCACCUGGUACAUCAGUCUGGCCAUUUCAGCCUUUUUGUUCUGUGCCAUUCUGCCCCUGGAAAUAUUCUACAUGAUCAACCUACACUGGCCUUUCGGACUGGCCUUGUGCAAGCUCACCUCCUCCGCUCUGUUUCUCAACAUGUACAGCAGCGUGUUCCUGUUGGUUUUGAUCAGCGCCGAUCGCUGCAUCAUGAUUUCGUUCCCUGUGUGGUCACAUAACCACCGGACAGUUCGGAAAGCGUUUGGAGUUGUUGUCCUGGUGUGGUUAUUUUCUGCGCUCCUAACUUUGCCCUCAGUGAUCGUCAGACAAGUCAAAGUCCUGGGCUCAGUCACUCAGUGCUACACCGAUUACAAUGGUCUUUCCAGACACAAGACAGUGGUACUGAGUCGAUUCGUCCUUGGGUUCGUGAUUCCUUUCCUCAUGAUUGUGUUCUGCUGCGCCGUGCUUGCUGUGAAGCUGAGAAGUUUGACCCUCAAGUCAACAAAGCCCUACAAAGUCAUGGCACUGCUCAUCUUGUCAUUCUUCCUUUGCUGGGUCCCCUAUCACACCUUUGUUCUUUUAGAGUUAGACUUAAAGAACCACAGCCUGUAUACAUUUCAAACUGGCCUGAAAGUGGGGGGCACCCUGGCUGCAGCCAACAGUUUCAUAUCCCCAGUCCUCUAUGUGUUCAUUGGUAAUGACUUCAAGCAAACCUUGAAACGUUCUUUGACAUCAAGGAUAGAGGAGGCCAUGGCGGAUGACAUUCGUACGGGUGGUCUCAGUCACUCAAGGUGUAAGUCAAUGGACGUUAUCUAAAAUCAAAGGCAAGGAGUAUUUAACAGAACAGCAUUCAAUUAUACAACUGGGUGACAUCAAUGUAAACACAUGUCAUGGCAUGUUGUAUGUAUACUGUAUAAAACCUGUUUGUAUCAAUGACUUAUUUAUCACAGAAAAUGCUAUAUUUUGUCACAACAUAAAAUUUGCAUGACUCAGUGAUCACGCUUGGUCAUUUGGACUAUGUUUCUCAGGUAUGGAUUGGCCCAAGACAAUAACUCUUUGUUUCUUUUCAAAAACAAUAUUUUCACUCAGAUAUUUUGUAAUUUUUUGUGUGUAAAUUAAUUCCUUGUGUGUUUGUGUGCUGUUAUAUUUGCAAACCUGCACAAAUUGCUCCGUCUGGGACGAAUGAACUGUUUUGGAUUGAACAAAAUACAUAAUUUAAAAUAUAAUAUAAACUCAAAGAACUAAAACAUAUAACUGAAGUGACAGAUUCAUGUGACUUUGUGCCCUCUUAUAUAUUCUUGAUGAUUUUUUUUUUAUGUUUUAAAGAAAUGGAGGCAUAUUGAACAAUUCAAGGGAAGUGAACAAGUGAAUGUUCCACUUAAGUUGUUCCAGCUUUCUUUUGCAAACUUCUAUAAAAAUUCAGACUUCCCUUAUGAUUUACGGAAGUCCUACUUCCACGCAGGAUUGUUAUAUAUUAUUGUUGUAAUUUUAAGUUAAUAAAACUUUUAAAGCUGCUGA